AGGUCCGUUGAUAUCUUCAGUUUCAGUGUUAGGAGGAAACAGUUGGUUAACCUUUCAGCACAGAUCACAAGCACAGACGAGACCAUUUUGAUGCAACAGUGUUUUUAUUGACUGCUCAAGUUCUGUUCUUGUACACUUUUCGACAUAACUUUAAGAAGAAGUUAAUGUUCAAAGUGCAAAAGCAAAAGUUUAACCAUAAUAAAAUAGCUAGGUCUAACGUUUCGCAAAUGGAAGUCAUGGCUCUCGCGAAAAAGGUGAAAACUGACCAAGAGGAGGUGAAAGAGCUGAAAACCCAACUCCAGCUAAGCCAAGAUGAAACAUUUAGCGUUGAGAGCUUUACCUGUACUCAGGCUAACUUGUUGGAGUUAGUUCAGAGAUUCAGAGAAUACGAAGACAAGAAGAUGGCGGAGGAGAAGGCCAAGCACAGAGAAGAGCUACUGAUCGUCGAGGAGCAGAAAGAAAAACUAGCGGCCGAGUUGGAAGAACUCAGAGCUACACUACCCCGAAUGGACAUGGAAAACAAAAAGGUAGUGGAGAACUUGAAAAAACAGCUAGGAGAAAGAGACAAUCUCAUUGCUAGAGAAAAUAAGAUAAAGGAUGAAACACAAAUGGAAGAAUUAAUGGAGCACAAAGAACUGGAGAUGAUUAUUGAAAAGCUGAAGAAGAAGAAGAAAGAUCUUACCGGAAAGGUUUCGGCAUUAGAGAAUGCGGUCAAAGACAAACAAAAUGUAAUUGAAAACAGAAAUCUGGAGAUAUGUUGUUUAGUGAGUGACAAUGAACAAUUACAACAGGAUGGGGCUAAAGAAAAGGAAAACAACGCUGUUCUACGUGAUGAAGUAAACGGGUUGAAAGGCAUACUCAAAUCGACACAGGCUGAGCUCAAAGAAACGAGAAAGGAGCUGAAGAAGGCCAACCGAGAGAACGCCAACCUGGAUGCAACCGUCACACAUCUCAAACACUGUGAUGCAGACCUGAUUAAGGAGAGAGAGAAAAACAGCAGCAUGAGCAGCUAUAUCACACAGUUCAAGACCGAUCUGCAGGAAUGCAUUGAUUAUACCUCGGACCCCACGGAAUGUGUACAGAAUAUCAUUGAGGUCAAAAGACGUUACAUCGACAAUGACACCCAAGUACAGAUGGAUGAAAACACUGAGGCUUAUCUUAUAAAAGCGGUUCCUGAUAGUGACGUAACAAUCAGCCAUUACAGAAAGCGCCUCGAAGCCUUGAAACAUUACCAAGAAUUGAAUUUUAUGAGAAGAGAGCAGGAACACAGAGCCUUAACUUAUAUAAUCAACAAGAAGACGAUGGAGCAGCACAACAUAACAAAAGAACUCAAAGAAACAAAACGGCUUCUUGAAAAGGCAAAAAAGCCGCCACUGCAGAAAAUAAUGUCCUGGAUAAAUAAGAAAGUGCUACGAAAAAACAUCAAUGUCGAACCAACAUCUCUUCUCCCAGGUGACAGCCAGCCACCGGUCCUCCCUGAUGACAGAAUCGUGUCAUCAGUGCUUUCCUGUACAAAUGCCACAAUAUCAUCAUCUACGCAUGAAUACAUGAACAGUGUCAUUCACAGUGUCGUGUCAUCUGUGCAUUCCUGUGCAGAUCUGGACUUCCCUGAUGACAGAAUCGUAUCAUCUGUGUAUUCCUGUGCAGAUCUGGACUUCCCUGAUGACAGAAUCGUAUCAUCUGUGCAUUCCUGUGCAGAUACCACGAUAUCAUCAUCUACGCAGACACAUCAAUACAUGGACGGUGUCAUUCACGUGAGGCCGUAUCAUUCAGGGAUCAGUGAUCUCCCAAAAGUUGACUGCUAAAACUCCCCUUAACCUGUUAACACCCGCGGUGAUGGCGUGGUGCAGCAUGUCAGGGCCACAUGGUGGAUCCGUGAGAGGUUACGCCGAAUGCUUCGGUUUUCUCCCACACACCAAAUCAAUUGUGACAGUAAUUGUGAUAAUUACAAUCAAUUUCAAAUAAAAUGACAGUAAUUGUGAUAAUUACAAUCAAUUUCAAAUAAAAUGACAGUAAUUGUG